UGGGGCUGCUCUCGCGCACAAGUGUGCAAUAGCGGUCGCUUACGGCUGAACGUUAUUGAUCGCACGAGUGCUAAAUGCCACCCCUCUCACCACUGCUGCUCUGCAUUGCAGCCUCCCACGCCCUCCGCGGCCCAGCCGCGCACCGCUCACGCCUGACACCGCGGCGCGCCACGGCUCUAGAUAAACUAGACAAAGCCGUCGGCAACACAUUAAACAAAACGCGCAGCUGGGGUCCGGCCCGGCAAGCUGGAGUUGUGCUCGCGACGUACGCCGCGCACGCUGGAGCCUUGGGACGCAGCUCAAUCCUACUCCCCUACCAGCUCGUCCCGAACGAGUUUGGCCUGUGGCAGUCGGUGGGCUUCGACUCGCUGCUCGGCGGAGCCUUCCUUGGCCUCCACGUGUUAAGGCGGAGAAAGGGCACUUCUCGGAAGCGCGAGCUCCCACCAGCACCCGAAAUCGGCAAGCGCGCUCUCCUAACGACGAUCGGCGCGCUCGCCGUCGCCUACCGCUGGAGCGGCUACGUGGCGGCGCUCGUGGACGGAUUUGUGUACCGCGCAACCCCAAGCGCGACGCCGGCCAUGGGCCGCGCGCUGCAGGUCCUCGGCGGCCACCUGGCGUGGCUCGUCGUGGGCGUGUCCGUGCUCGCGGUCGUCCCAGCUCUUGAGAUGAGAGACGGGCGCAUCCGGUGGAACCGAGAAAAAGCCACGGCCUGGUACCGCUUCAAGUGGAAGACGGACUGGCUCUGGUGGGUCGCCGGCGGCUACUGCGCGUCCGCAUUGAUUUUCAACGUCGCCGACGGCGUGAACCACUUCCUCGUGCCGCCCACUUUAUUUGAUGACGACACUCUAGUCACGAAAAUGGUGAACCCCGAGGACGGCCGCGGCGUCGCGUCGAUUCUGGUCGGCGGCGUCGCGCCCUGCGUCACGGCGCCGUGCGUGGGCCGCGCGGAACUAUCAAAGUUCACGGCACGCCAUCGACGCGACGCCGGCUCGAUGGUGUCUUUGCACACAGGUGGUGGGAGGAGGUCCUCUACCGCGGCUUCCUGCUGCGGGCGCUCGAGCGGCUUUGUGGACGGGCUGACGUCGCGACGGUGGUGUCCUCAUUAUUAUUUGCGGCGCACCACCUGUCGCUCACGGCGGCGCUGCCGCUCGCGGCUUUGGGUGCGACGUGGUCCUACCUGUACCUGGCGUCGGGCAACUUGCUCGUGCCGGUGGCGAUCCACGCGCUAUGGAACGCGCGGGUGUUUGCGGGUACUGUGCUAGGGUUGUAAGUAGUAGUGGUAG